AUUGAAGAUUUUUAAAGUGUAGUAGCUUUCUGGAUUUUGUAGCCGUUGUGAUAUUUUUGCACUAAAACAACAAAAAAUUGUAAACAAAUAAAUGGAAAUUGAGUUAAACACUGGUAAUCUACGUAAUUUGUGUCGUAUUUGUUUGGGUGCAGGCGAUUACAAUUUGUGGGAGCACAAAGUGCUUUGGAACGACAAUACGAUAGAAAACGAUUCGCUGGAGUCUGACGCACAAAAUGCAGCUGCGAUUACCAUACACGAAGUAUUGCAAAUGUAUAAUGACUGGCAGCGUUCAAUACUUGAAUUCGACGUCGAACUACAACUGAUUUGCAAAGAAUGUUUACUUGACCUACAACCACAGUACAUCUUCUACAAACGCUUAUGCGCCGCUAACAAGCAAAUAAAACAGCUUUACGAAGAAGCACUACAGCAAGAAGAAUGUAAAACAGUAUCAGUAGCCGAGCCAGUUGUGAAUGAAGAAGUGGAAUAUGAUAAUAAUUUAGUUGAAUAUGUAGAAUAUGCAACAGAACAGUCACAACCUGAUCAGCACGUGAACUUGCCUGAAAAAUGUAUCGAAAAAAUAGUGUCAGCACCUUCUCAAAUACGUAUACAAAACACACUUAAGCAACCGGAGAAACGUAAAUUUGUGAAAAAUCCAAAAUUCAUACUCACAGGCGGUGUAACACAAUUACUUACACAUGCAACAGGCGCCACCACAUUUGAGCUACCUGCGGAAGCCACUUCGCAGGAGUCUCAUUCAAAUACCCUAUAUAGCCCACAUAAACGAAAAAGAAAAGUAGAUGAUGUGGAUAUGCAUACACUACUUGAGAAAAAAGAAAGAAGUAAUCACAAUUUGUUUAUGGAACACAUACCGAAUGUCAUAGAAAAAGGCGGUGAGCAAAAUGUGAAAGUUAAUACCGUGGUGCCGGAAAUAGAAGAAAUCGUCCAUGAAGUGCCGCCAAAUGAAUUAAUUGAAUCUGGUUUAGGCGAACCGUACCAGGAACUUAUCACAGACACACAACAUAAACAGCAACAACAGCAACAGGAAUUUGUAAGUGAAAAUGACGAGCAAGCUGCUCUACCGUAUUCCACAGUGAGUGCUGAUGAUGCUGGACGCUCCAUUUACGUAUGCAAAUAUUGUCCACAAGCUUUUACGGCGCCCUGCUUUCUGCUGACACAUGCACGCAAGUCGCAUGUUUGUAAGCAUUGUAGCAAAGCCUUUGUUAAAACGAUUGAUUUGUUUACGCAUUUAAGAGAAUCACACACAGACUUUAAAUGUAAAUAUUGUGGGAAAGAGCUUAGUUCUAAUGGCAAUUUACGCGCCCAUGUAAAACGUAUGCAUCCAACAACGUCUGAUACGACAUAUUCAACGGACAUCAUUAAAAAUUUCGUGAUGGGUAAUAGUACAGAAGAAAUUGUUGAUGGUGGUGGAGAAGGCAUUUACAUAGAUGACACUGCACAACAUAUAACUGAAUAUCUCGACUAAAAAAUAAUUAAAAUUACAAAAACAAAAUAAAAUCGCUUUGUGGUUAAUAUCAGGCUUAAUAGUCCAAAUUUUGUUGUAAAGAAAAAAUAAAGCAGAAUGUUUAUUUAUAAAUCUAUAAAUUAAA